AUGAAUUCUUGCACAAGGAAAAACGAAGAUGUACUGGCAGAAGUUCUUGAUCUGUUCUUGUUGCCAGAUUACAAUGUUGUCUCAACUACUUACUUGGAUCAUUUACUACAUCACAUCGCAGAGAACACAAAAGAUUGUGCUACAGUAGAUUAUGAAUAUUGCGAGGUUUUUCAGAAGUGGAUAACAAAGGCUUUAGCAAUAUGGGAAUCUGGACAGAAGGCUUCACAGCCUAUAAUCACAUUCACAUUAAAGCUCGUAGGGAUUAUCUCCCGACAUGAGUUGCGUUAUCACUACUGGCAAUGCCAAGAUGUGUACAACAGACUUUGCAUAAUUCUAGAUUUAAACAGAGAGGAUUUACCUGCAUCCAUAAAAAUGGCAUAUACAAUAAUGUUGUCAGAUUUAAUUCUUCAUCGAAGUGGCAGGCAAUGGGUGGUACAAUCUGGUGCAUGGAAGAAUAUUAUAAAUUGUGUUCACUGGAAUCAUACAAUGUAUGUUACAAGAGAAAGCCAGAAAUUUCUGUGGACAUUACUGUUAUAUGAAAAUAAAAACAUUGAGACCUGUAAAGAGAUCAUUUUAGCUAUUGCUGCACCACUUAUGAUGAAUUCUUUGGAUACACAAAUGCAUGAGACAUUGGAAGAGACAUAUUUUGAACAGAACAAGUUAUUAUGCUCCACAUUGGACUUGUUGACGAAUAUUUUGGAACACACAUUGUUUGUAAAUCUGGACAACAGUAUUCCCGAGUUGCUCGAGGAACUUAUUGACCUCGACAAGAGAGUGAAAGCACUGUUUGAAGCUUGCAUCAGUACCAGGUUCCUCCAUCAUGUACACAAACUGUUAUUAUUGUCAUUGUUUCUGAAACUGAGACAAGGUGUCAAGGAAAAUACUGAAAUCGUCAAUGUUGACAUAUGGCAAAAGUUCCGCAAUGGUUUAUGCUAUAGUUCUAUGAUGCUGCUGUCAAAAAAGCAUAUUGUAGAUCUCGUCAAAACUUACAAAUUAGCUAUGGUGUAUUGGAAGAAACUGUGCGCUUUACAGCAAUUCUCCCCACCAGAGCUAUAUAAAUUUGAACAUCAAGCUAUAGCAUUAAUGAUAUUGCCGCUGUGUGUAUGUAUAAAAAAGAAUCAUAUAAAUCAUGACUUCUUGGAUAUGUUUCUCAAUAAAAUCUUCGACGUAACAUGCACUACUGUGCAGAGACUAGCUUACCACAUAAGAGACAUCAUACGGAAAGACGAUCUUCCCAUGGAACAAAUUUGUAAAGUGUCUAUUGAUCUGCUUCUUGAAAUAUUGGAUAUAAUGGAUAGAGAUGUAGUGGUAAUCACUUUUCAAGCCCUAUGUCAUGUUUUGAAGAGUUACGUACCAGAUGUGUCAUGUUUUGAAGAGUUAGGUACUCGUGAGGAGACAAAACAUUCUACGUCGUCCGAAGUGCACAGUACUUCGGAACAUUCACGGAAGCUUAUAUAUAAAUCGAUCUUGCAAGGUGAUCCUAUAGUCGACAAUCCUGUACUGCUGGCAUCAUUGUUAGAUGGCUUGGCCGUCAUGACGGAAAAAUUCAAGUUGAAAUGGCAGGAAUGCGUGGAAACAAUAUGUAUAUUCUCUCUCGCGGAAGAGAUCUUGAAACAUCCCGGGAUACUACCGAUGAUCUGCGUGAAGGCAUUGAAGCUAUGCAAACUCGCUAUUCACAACUUUAUGCCGCCUAAUUUGGCCUUGCUGGUGGACUCUGACAGCCAUAUGAAUGACAUGGGACCUACACUCUUCAAGAGGCUACAUGACCCUAACUGGGAAGUGAGAGAUAGUGUUCUCGAGGUUCUGAACACAAUCGCAACAAUUUCCGAAGACAAGUACCCGGCGUAUCAAGGCUUUUUGGUAGUUAACCGAUUUCCGGAAGUGACGAUCGAGAUGGCCAAAACGGAUGCUGAAAGUUACGUACGAGCGUCAGCGUUAACGUUUAUCGCAACCACCGUGCGUAUCGGCAAGCUGUGGGAACAGCAACUGUCGCGAAUGAAUUUAACUGAAAUGGCGAUUUAUUUACUCGAGAACGAAAGCGAAGCGAUAGUCAGGAGAGAGGCUGUAAAUCUAAUAAAAGAAUUAUACGUUCAUCAGAAAUGGCCAAGGGAAGUUAUCGAUUCGAUGUUACAAGCUAUGUCUAUGGCAGCCGUAUUCGAUUUGCACUGGGAGGUGAAAACCAACGCGUUAACUUUCUGGGAUCACUUCGUCAAAUCGCAUUUAACAGAUCAAGGGAUGCUCGACGAUUCUUUCCCGAAUGUGACGUUCUCAAAAGAACACAGGAAGAUCGUAUCGUUGAACGAGGCGGAAAUCAAGCGGAGGUUGAAUAAAGCGCUGGAUGAACUGGCAAAGCAACAGUGUUUAGGUGUGCUUUUAGUCAGUCUGAAAGAUGACAGCGACUUCGAGGUGUGCAAAGUGUCCGCAUCGAUCAUUGGCAAGUUGAAAUCAUGCUUGCUCAAGUACAAGCUGGAUGAACCGUCGCCAGCUGAACCGCUUCCGGAAAACAGUGCGAUAUACGACACCAUCUACGUCAAGGUGGCACCAUCGAUGUCCUCGCCUGUCAGUGAAAAAACGCAGAACGCCUCGCACAUCAUCAACGAGAUCGUCGACGCAAACGAUGCUAAUCUAUUGGCGAUGAUUUACAAGAGUUCUUUGAACAUGGACGGUGAAGCGAGGAAAGAAGAGAAGGAAGAGGAAGAGGAGAAAAAAAAGAGGAUGCUUCGUCAUAUCCCAUCCGUGACGCGCGAGGUCUUCCUCCGUACGAUCUUCAAUUCCGACAUCGAGGCUUAUAUCGAGGGAAGGAAUCGUUGGCUGAAAACAUAUACCAAUAGCUUCGAGUCAACUCUUGAUGAUAUCUUAACGAUGUACAAGAAGAAAGACAUUAACUCGAUGGACUGCUACUAAAAACUAGCGACUAGGAAGUUCCUUCCACAUGUGUGCCUUAAACGACUUCGCAUCCUGCUUGACUCAUUAUUUGCAUUCCUUUUUAUCGAUUUAUCCUUACUUUUUAUCGAGGGAUCUUCGAACGUCCAGACGUUGAUAACAUAUAUAGUCACAAAUAUACAUUUUAGUACUUAUUAAACUUAUAUCUAGUAUAAGUAUCAAAGUUGAAUACGGAGAGUAUAUUUCUUGAGCAUAAUCAAAUGUUUGUAAAUUUAGCAUUAAAUAUAUACAUGUACAUAAUAACGAGUAC